AUGAGUCUGACAAACCCGCCCUCCUCGUCCGGUCCGUUACCUGCCACUGCAUCGUCCAGGCCCGCAGCGGCCACCGUCAGCCAGAGUCUGUCUCUGAAAAAGAGUCUACAGACUGCAGCCGAUGACACAAGAAAAUCGUCAGGGACGGCUGGGUAUACCAGUAAAGUCCGUGUGCGUGACAAGUAUCACAUCGUUGGGUUUAUCAGUAGUGGUACCUACGGUCGCGUCUAUAAGGCUAUUGGGAAAAAUGGCCAAAAGGGCGAAUUCGCAAUUAAAAAGUUCAAACCGGAUAAGGAGGGAGAAAUUAUCCAGUACACCGGCCUCUCUCAAUCGGCAAUCCGGGAGAUGUCUCUAUGUUCCGAGCUAGACCAUCCAAAUGUAGUGCAAUUAGAAGAGAUCAUCUUAGAAGACAAGUGCAUCUUCAUGGUCUUCGAGUACACGGAACAUGACCUACUCCAGAUUAUCCAUCAUCACACCCAACCCCAACGACAUGCUAUCCCAGCGCCGAUGGUCAGGUCGAUUCUGUUUCAGCUCCUAAAUGGCCUGCUUUAUCUCCAUACGAAUUGGGUACUGCAUCGGGAUCUGAAACCGGCGAAUAUCUUAGUUACAUCGAAGGGGGCCGUUCGUGUCGGAGACCUCGGGCUUGCUCGUCUGUUCUACAAACCCCUCAAUUCCCUUUUCUCCGGUGACAAGGUGGUCGUUACAAUCUGGUACCGUGCUCCUGAACUGCUAAUGGGCAGUCGGCAUUAUACCCCAGCCGUUGACCUGUGGGCAGUUGGAUGCAUAUUCGCGGAGUUGCUCUCCCUUCGCCCUAUUUUUAAAGGGGAAGAAGCAAAAAUGGACAGCAAGAAGACGGUCCCCUUCCAACGGAACCAGAUGAUGAAAAUAAUUGAGAUAAUGGGCUUGCCCACAAAAGAUACUUGGCCUGGUAUAAUGUCAAUGCCCGAAUAUUCCCAGCUGCAGUCAUUAGCAAUGUCCCGAGCUCCAGGCCAUUUUCCCAGAUCGUCGAACUUGGAAGGCUGGUACCAAAACUGCUUGAAAAAUGGCGGCUACUCUUCCGCGUCCAGUGCCGGCACCCCGGGCUCAGAUGGAUUUGAUCUCCUGUCACGCUUGCUGGAAUAUGAUCCCACCAAAAGGAUCACUGCCAAGGAGGCCCUUGAACAUCCGUACUUUAAAAACGGUGGACCCAUCCCCGCCAACUGUUUUGAAGGGUUUGAGGGAAAGUAUCCGCACCGCCGGGUUACUCAAGAUGACAACGAUAUUCGGACCGGAAGUUUGCCAGGCACGAAGCGGAGCGGAUUACCCGAUGAUAGUCUAAUGGGAAGAGCUGCGAAACGGCUUAAAGAGUAG